AUGCUGAGGUUAGGUUCGAACCACGGACCCUCCAGUCCUAAGUUUCCAGAUGUAGGACGCUACCGGCGCACAGCUGCCAUGAAAGUCAAAGGAAACAUGAACGCUGGAAUACUGCCAACUUGCCCGAACCUGGACGGUAGAAAUCGAGAAGCCAGAAUUGGGUUCAAACCAGGGACUCUCCGGUUAGUGGUUUCGCGCCUCAAUUAUCUGGAGGUAUCUGGAGCAUUACCGAUUGUUGUAGGGCAGAAGCACUGGACUCAAGUUUCGCUCUUAUUAGAGCUCAUUAGGAGAGCAUAUCCGUGGCUGUGCCGGCUUUUGAGUCCUAUGUCUCUGGCAUACGGGGCGAACGUGUUACCACAACUCCACCGGCUCACACUAGAAGCAUCUGAAUUUUCACAUAUGUACAUGCGAACGUCUUCACGGUUUGGCAUGCGAUUGGCAUGCCCGACGACGACCUAG